UCCAGCGGAAGCUACAGUGUUGAUCAGUUUGGUAUUUCAUAGGCGAAAGACGGCCAUAGACCGAGGUUUGGAAUAAUGAAACGCCACUAACAUGACUCGGCUGGGAUUUAUUCAUGUGACGGGAUUUACAAUAGAGUUAAUCUUAUUAUCAUAAGCAACCAUGACCGUCUAUCAAAGUGGAUAGUAAGUGAAUAACAGUGGAAAAAUAGUUGGAAAUCCGGUGUUUAGAACAGCCCGAAUUUUGUAAAUUAUGGCGAACAUGGAGGACCGUGAAAGUAUUUACGGUUCCAAUUAUUCGCAAUCGUCGGUUCCAGUGACACCUCCAGGAUUAGAGGCGAUAUAUACAGAAUGUCGGAGACUUUAUCCCGACCAACCUAACCCAUUACAAGUGACGGCAUUAGUAAAAUACUGGCUGGGUGGUCCCGACCCUCUCGACUACAUCAGUAUGUAUGCUCACCCAGGGGACGAGAACAGGGGAAUCCCACCACACUGGCACUACAUCAGCUAUGGACUGUCCGAUCUCCAUGGUGAUGGGAGAGUCCACGAUCAUUCCUUCCGACUGAACGGUACAGAGGGACCAAGUGGAUUUGGGUUCGAGUUAACUUUCAGACUAAAAAGAGAACCAGGGGAGACAAAUCCACCAACAUGGCCAGCUACAUUAAUGCAGGCAUUAUCACGAUAUGUCUUUCAAACAGAAAAUGUUCUGUUUCGUGGGGACCACAUUCCAUGGCACAUGCCGCUGGAUGGCAGUGAGUCACGAAUUCAACACAUGUUGAUGGCAGAAGAUGCACAGCUGUUACCUAUCACAACACCUUUAGGGUGUGUCAACUUUGUUCAGAUUAUUGGUGUGUGUGGGGAGGAAUUGUGUGCUGCCCAGCACUGGACAGGCCCCGGAGUAAUAGAACUCAUCCGUUCCAUACCAUGUGCUGGUGGGCCCUGGCUGAUCACAGACAUGAGGAGAGGAGAGACGAUAUUUGAAAUAGAGCCACACUUUCAGGAUCGUGUGGACACGGGUAUAGAGACGGAAGGCUCCAACCUAAGUGGUGUCAACAGUCGGUGUUCAUGGGAGGAGCCAGGCGACGGUGGAGAUGACUUCUACAAUGAAGAUGAAAAGGAAAAUCGCAUGCUGGAAGAACGACGCAAUAGUAACAACGAGGAACGCCCUCAGAUAUCAGACUUUGAUUCAGAACAGAUCAAGGCAACUUUGAAACGUGGUCUAAAUGGCUCCCGACCGGGACACUUCGCACGCAGGGAAUUUGAAUAUGAUAACGGUAAUCGAAUCCAGUCUCGGAAGCAGUCAUUUGACAGUACAGCAAGUUCAGACGGCCCCGCAGAUCUUCUCAGGACACGUUGUUUGGAAUCUGUACAUUUGAAGUUUAAUUUAGAGGCAGGAUCUCUACUGCCACUUGCCCUUAAAGGGCGACUCAAACAUGGACGCCAUUUUACUUUCAUGAGUGCAUUGAACGAUACAGCAAUAACACUAGUGUCAACAAGUGUGAACGGAUCUAUAGCUGAUGAAAACCACCCCUUUGCAGCCCACGGACCCUGGCUACAGGUACUGUUAACAGACGACUUCCUCGACGAGAUGAUCUGUGAUAUAGAAGAGCUUUGUAACCCUGAUGAGAUGUUGUGUCCAAAGACGUUCAGCUGGCCUGAAAGGAGGCUUUGUAUCACAGUGCUUUCAGACGAGGUGUAGAACCCUCUGGUGUUGGACAUGAACACAAACAUUUGGUGUAACAGUAUGUUGAGACCAUGGUGGUGCAAUCUCUCCUCGACUCCAUUGUGUGUAUAUAGUAGUGAUUGAAGAAUUUCAGUCAUAUAGCACAAACAUUGACGGAGCCAUGUCCAGUGUUCUUGGUUCAGAAAGGUGUUUGGCAGGGCUGGUGAGAUCCUGUUUAAUUGUUUCCUGGGAUUUUCUGUGGACUUCAGUGAACUUGAAGCUGUUAAUCCGGAGAUGGAUUUAUUUAACAUGUUCCAGCAUUCUGCUACACAUGGAUUAUAAAGGUGUGGUGCCUAUGUGUGAGAUCUCACUUGUUUCAGGCCAGGACCUCAAUUUUUAAAGAGUGUGACCUCACUCCAUGCAGUUUGGUCAAGUACUUGACUUCAGACUUUCCAAAUGUUCCCAGAGAGGACUAUAGAUUUGGUACCCCAUUUGUAGAAACAUGACGAGAUUUGAUGACAAGUGUCGUCAGCCAAUCAGUUGAUGGUGAAAUCUUGUUAUGUACUUUUCAUAUAAGGAACUUGUCAAAGGAACUGAGAGUAUUGUAUCCUCUCGCCCACCGCUUGGCCGCGGUGUUAAAUUAUGAGGUUGUACACUGUAGUAAUAUCUCAUUAGGCCUUCAAUGACAUACAACAAGGUUUAUUUGACCAGCUAUAAAUUACUUAUAGUAGGAAACUUUCAAAAUUCUUGUUGAGGUUAAUUUCUUUAAUUAUAUCUGGUAUAUUGACUGUCUACAGAUCUGUUGACUCUUUGAUUUUGAAGAGACUUAACUAACAAAAUAUGAUCACAAAUUUUUAAAUUGUUUUUGGCAAUACUCCAGUAAUUUGAUGAUUAUUUAUUUAUAUUUUUCUCAAAUAUUGUAAUUCAGUUCAUGUGAGAGUAAAGGAAUGAAACGGGGCCAUUACACUUACAAAUGAUCAGGUUACCAAGGUCUUAGUUUGAGAUUUACUCCCGCUUGUCUAUUGGACGAAUUUGAUUUCAGUACAUAACAUAAUGUUAAUGUACUAAACUAAGUAAUUUUGAAGAUCUUUUAUUAUUUAAAUUAUAUUUCAGCAGAAAUGCUUGAUCGUUAUAACAUAAUGAUGUGGAUAAAUGAUCCCAGAAAUUAAGUUAUAAUUUGUUAUGCAGGGACAUCAUGUAAUAAAAUAUGGGAAAACUUUCUACUUGACACAUGAAUAGUUUUUAGGGACAUCAUGUAAUAAAAUAUGGGAAAACUUUCUACUUGACACAUGAAUAGUUUUUUGCCUCCAUAUAUCAAUUUCAUUUUUCUCUGACUCUCUGAUCAUGACUGACUAAUGGACGGUAUACUGUCGAGCUUGUCCUAGAAAAUACUUGCUCUAAUAUAGUCUUCUCUACAAGCUUUUGUUUGGCAGAGUGAUCGUAUAUCGAUAGUAGGGCGACGCCAAUCAAGUUUAGAGCUUGAACAAGCUGCUUCUGUCUCUUCUUUCAUGUCAUUGGAACAAUAGAACUAUUUUUCUAACUAUCUUUGGCUGUUUUCUAUUCCACAAUUGUUUUCUCUUAAUUAUUGUGAUGCAGCUGUCUUUCCUUGUCACCAUUUCUGGACAAAACUAAACUUCAAACUCAAAAGUUUAUACCUGCCUCUUCAUCAGGUCAAAGGUCAUAUCAUUGUUACUCUAAAUUUUCAAAGUUCAAGUGUACCACUCAAACCAACUUCACGCACUGGUCUUCAAUCAAAAGGUCGAAUGUCACCAUUACUGAAAAUGGCAAAACAUGGACAAGUUCGAUUUGAGAAGGAUUUCCACAAAUAUUUGUACAAUUGUUUUCAGGACCAAUUCAUUUAUGAUAGGGACAAUCUUAAACUUACUUUUCAUUUGAUCAGAAACUUGCCAUUUGCUUCAGCGGUGACUACUUUUUAAAACUCUAUCGAUGGACCCUGCAAUCUGUUGUUAGUGGUGUGGAGAGGGGUCUACCUUACCAUAUUUUGUAUGUGUAGUGGGUGUAAACAUUACCAUGUUUUAAAUGGUGGUUUUAAUAGAUGUUGUCAUAAUAAUAUAUAGUUAUCAAAGGUUUACACGUAUGUGUUCAUGGAAGGUUUAAAUACUUUGUUAUUGGUUUGGACUGUUGGUGAUUUUCAUGAGUACACAUGUACACAUUGUAUUCAUAAAUUUGCCUGAUCAGUUUAUUUAGAUGUGUGUACUACUGUGGGUAUGUAAACUAGUAGACACUUUCACACUCGUACUUGUGGAACAUUUGUAAUUAUGAAAUAAGUCGCGUCGUUCUGAGGGAUUCUUUUUAGCUUGUAAUAACAUGGCAUAUAGUGCCAGCAAAGUUAUGGUAUGGAGCAGAAGUGGGCGUUCGUCGACUGCCCGUCUAUCAACCUGUAACUUCUUCUAGAAAAUUAUAAGCAACUGGGUAUUAUAUACAAUUGUAUAUAAUUAUGAUAAUUAGGUGCAGUUAUUCAUAAUCUUUUCAUUGAAGUCGAAGACAUGAAAUUUCAUGUGUGCGCCAUCAAAGAAGCAAAACACCAUACAAGAUAUGUAGUGCAAGUUGUGUUUCGGGAUUUGUGAUUUGUGUCUUGCACUGUAGAUUUAUGGUUAAAAUAUAUACAUGCUGGUCACAACUCUGACCAGUCAUGAACUAUCACACUCCCAUUACAGCUGAGGAUGCAGGGAUUUUCUAUUGAUCUGGCAGUCUAGGUCUUCAACAGUUCAUUAUCUCUGCAUACAUACACUAAACAUUUGAUAUCAACAAAAAUUUUAAUCUCUUAACAGUUACAGUAAUUACAGGGUCGUGACUUGUGUACAGAUUGACUCCAUUACACAGACUGUAGUUGGGUGGUAAUUAUAUAAUUUUUGAAGAUGAGGGACCUGGAGUAGGAGUGUGACAAGCUGAACAUAAUUAAGAUAUAUGUUCUUUGGGUAGGGGGUGGGGUGGGGUGUCAAGGUGAACCUGAUGAUCAUAAAGUGAUUAUGAGUGGUAUAUGGGUGUUUCACAAACCUAAGGUUGACAAACUGGACCUUUCAAAUACAAACAGGACAUGUACAAGCUAUAUACAUAUCUUAGGUUAUAUUCCAAUGACAUGGCAGUAAUGAUGUAUAGGAUAUAGUUUUACUGGUGACAUGAUGAACUACUUGUGCACAUUUCACAAGACAUAAAGGUUUCUGCACACUUGUAUGUGUAUAUAUUAUACAGGUCGUCAUGGGCCGGUCUGGCCUAUUCAACCUAUGGGACAAAACAGAUGUUUAUCAGUUUAAUUAAGAUCUGUGAGUGAUAAUUAAUUGGCACUGAUUUUGAUUGCCAAGAUUGGAAUGUACAUGUAUAAAGACUAUUUCAUGCAGUAUAUACAUUGUUAAUUUUUGAUCAGCAUGUGGUAGCCAAAUUCAGCAUUAUUCAUGGUCUUGCAAUGUGACAAAGUGAUAGUUCGGAUGUUUUACUGUUAAAUAUAUACAGUCCUCGUGCCAUUUUUUCUAUUUUAUUAAGUACACUUUUGUUUAAACAUUUAUGUAGAAAUCUUGGCAACACUAGUACUAUGGGGAGUGAUUCAUAAUAUCUAUGUACAAGUGGUGGUUGACUUUACAUGUGUCUACAUCGUGUUUCCUAUUCAAUGUCAAUCAUGUUGAUAAAAGUUUGAUCAUGGCCAAGUGUCUUUGAAAAAAACAAAAAAAAUGUAUUAAAUUUCUUUGUACCUAGGGUAAAGCAAAUACUUUCUGUGUCGAUUAGGUACCUACACUGUAUUUGUUAGAUUUUAAGUCUGAUAUAGAUCACCUGAGACUCGGGUGACCUACUCUAAUCGCCCUUUGUCCUCUGUCGUGCGUCAUUUGUCCAUAACAAGUUAAGAUUGUCAACUUCUCAGAAACCCCUCAAACUAAUUUCAGUGAAAUUAUGCUGAAACCUUCCAUGGGCAAAGGUUAACCUAGAUAUGGUCCCCAUCCCCCGCGGGCCUGAGGGGCGGGGCAAAACGGGGCAGAAUUGACGUCUGAUAUUUCAAAUAUCCUCUUCUCAAGAUCAUCAUAGAAGGAAGGGUCUUAUAUAAAGGUUCUUAAUUUAGAAUUUUCUUGACCCAGGGGAGUUUAUAUACUGUAUAAGGAGAUCACUUUUUUGAGCAUUUGUUUAUUUGCCAUUGGAAAUAAUAAUAAAAACUUGGUUAGAAUUAUCUGUAUGAGAUGGCAGUUUGAUGAUACAGCCAUUAUGUCGAGGUUAGCUCACCUGGCUGUAAGGACAGGAGCUCAUGUCAUGGUCCGUGGUCUGUCCAUUUGUCAAAUUUUCCUGAAAAUUGCUACUAGUCAUGAACCACUAUGCAGAUCAACCAAAUUUGACAGGAUCCAAUAGAAUUAUGUAUAGGAAUUAUUUUAAAUCCUACUUCUCCUGUAGUAGUUAAAGGAUUUGAUCUAAAGCAUCCCUGGGUGAAGGGGAACCAAUUGUACAGUGGGUCUGGCCCAAGGGGCUUAAGGUGCGGGCCAAAUGGGGAAAAUAUGGUAAAUUCUUUUAUAUCCUUCUUUUGUAGGAAUGUAGUGUUUCCCCAUUUUCACUGCAAUAUCUGAGUGAGCUGUACAGGCCAUCUGGGCCUGUUGUAUAUUUGCUCUGUUACUUUUGGACAAGCUGUUGUACAGUUAUUGCAAUGUUCUUUGUAAACUCUUUAAAUUAAGAACAAUAUGAAUUGUGAUGCAGACUUAAACAGUUGGUUGGAUUUCUGUUUAUUAUGUCGACCAAGUGUGGCUCAGUUUUUGUUGGACAUGUAGCUGUGUAUAAUGGCUGCAACAUAGAAAAUGAUUUAAUAAUCAGUCAUUAAUUUAUAACUUUAAUUUGUUAAUCAGUCGGUAACAGAUUAAUUUAUAACCCCAAUUUGAUAGCCAACUUAUAUUAAUAAGCUCUCCCAUUUUACAACUCAUUUAUUUAUUGAAUAUGACUGAGAAUUAUAUCUUUACCCUAAGUUUUUUUGCACAUUGACAUGUAGCUACAUGGUCAUGAGAUAGAAGUUGUCUCAAAGCUGUCGGUCUAGGUAAGACUGCAUUGUGUAUACAUUGUAUCAUAUCAUUCAUCCUAGCUCAUUUAUAUUUUUAUCCUUCUCCCCUUCAUCAGCAUGACAAAGUCUGUGAGUGUAGCAGUUAUAUGCUGUGAAUGUGAGCGAGUUUUGUCUGAGUGUGUUGUCCAAAUGUUAUGUAUUCUGUUGGCUGAAUGUUUGUCUUCAAAUAAAAAUUUGAUACAACAUUGUA